CAGUUUAUAAUAUAGGGAAUAGGCUGGCUUGUCGGGCCCUCCAUGUUACAUCGCACCUGUAACAACUUUUUCUAACAUGACUUCGGCUUUCUUUUGAAUUCUGAUAGGUUUUAUGUAGUGGCUCGAAUAUUUGGUGUAACUUUGCAAGGGGGACUUUUGAUGCGUGUAGUAAUGAAAAUCCAUAUGUUGCAUGCGGUUACGUUUAUGCUACCUACCCUUUUUAAUAUUUUUACUGCAACAAUAACCAUUUCUGGUAGUGUUACUACUGCUCAUUAAGCCGUAAUGGGCAGUGUUGAUGUGUAAAAUGUGUCCUUGGUCUGCAGUGCAGGUGCACAGUGCUUUUGUAAAGGACUCUGGGUUUAGCUCUCUCUGACCGGUUAUCGUCUCGCUCAGCGCUUGGGGGCUAUCCACUCCUCCCUCCGCUUCCUCUCUAUCUCUUCUCUCUCUUCAGCUACUGCUGCAGCUCAUGGAUUGAGUGGAUCAGGGAGGGACUGGGUGUAAACCGAGCCCAAUGGAUGGGAUUGGUUGAGAGACCACAAGCCCCCCCAUUGUAGCCCCCUCCCCUUCCUGUUUGUGUCCUAUUCAUCUGCUGUCAUGCGCACCCCAGCCCCCUCCCCAAUGCCACUGCUGCACAGUAGAGCUGCAGACUCCUGUGGAUCCUACAGAACACAGGGGUAAGCCCAUGGGACAGGACCGAGCACGUUUGGCGUUUUCCUUUCUCUCCUGUCUCCUCCUCCCUCCUUUUUUGAAUGGUUCUUUUUUUUCAUUUUGUCAUCUGUCUCAAAUGGAGGUGUGCAAUAUGAGGUAGCUUGUGAACAUUCUCUCUCAUUCACUUUAUUGACAUGUGAUGGAGCCCAUGGCUGUGAGCACCUCAGUGGUCGGGCCGGAUGAGUUCAACCGCAACAUGCCGCGCAUCUGCGGCGUCUGCGGCGACAAGGCCACCGGCUUCCACUUCAACGCCAUGACCUGCGAGGGCUGCAAGGGCUUCUUCAGACGCAGCAUGAAGCGGAAGGCCAGUUUCACCUGCCCCUUCAACGGAAGCUGCUCCAUCACCAAGGACAACCGGCGCCACUGCCAGGCCUGCCGGCUCAAACGCUGCGUGGACAUGGGCAUGAUGAAGGAGUUCAUCCUGACAGAUGAGGAGGUGCAGAGGAAGAAGGAUCUGAUCCAGAAGAGGAAGGAGGAGGAGGCGGCGCGGGAGGCCCUGAGACCAAGGCUGAAUGACGAGCAGAGCCAGGUCAUCGCGUCAUUGGUGGAGGCACACCACAAGACCUACGACGACUCCUACUCCGACUUCUCACGCUUUAGGCCCCCGGUGCGAGGGGGCCCAGUAACACGCAGUGCCAGUCGUGCAGCCUCCCUUCACUCGCUGUCAGAUGCCUCCUCAGACUCCUUCAACCACUCACCAGAGUCAGUGGACACCAAGCUGAUGAAAUUCAGCAGUCUGUUGAUGAUGUACCAGGACAGUGCAGGCAGCCCAGACUCCAGUGAGGACGAUGGCUCCAAGCUCUCCAUGUUACCCCACCUGGCUGACCUGGUCAGUUACAGCAUCCAGAAGGUCAUCGGCUUCGCUAAGAUGAUCCCUGGCUUCAGAGGGCUGACUGCUGAGGACCAGAUCGCCCUGCUCAAGUCAAGUGCCAUCGAGAUCAUUAUGCUACGCUCCAACCAGUCUUUCAACCUAGAGGACAUGUCCUGGAGCUGUGGUGGUAGCCCUGACUUCAAGUACUGCGUCAACGACGUCACCAAGGCGGGUCACACUCUGGACCUGUUGGAGCCGCUAGUGAAGUUCCAGGUGGGCCUGAAGAAACUCAGCCUCCAUGAGGAGGAACACGUGCUGCUCAUGGCCAUCUGCCUGCUGUCUCCAGAUCGUCCAGGGGUGCAGGACCACGCUAAGAUCGAGGUUCUCCAGGACAGUCUGUCGGAGGUGCUCCAGGCCUACAUCAGGGUGAACCACCCGGGAGGACGGCUGCUCUACGCCAGGAUGAUCCAGAAGCUGGCCGACCUGCGCAGCCUCAACGAGGAGCACUCCAAACAGUACCGCUCGCUGUCCUUCCAGCCCGAGCACAGCAUGCAGCUCACCCCGCUGGUGCUGGAGGUGUUUGGGAGCGAGGUGUCCUAGCAGCCACGCCGACCCACACCACCACCCCUCUGGUUGGAAGAGAUGGACAGACGAUCCCUCCCGUGAGGACCCCCGGGAGUUAAUUUGUUGAGUUGCUGCUGGAUAGAGGGCUCAGCGAUGGGGUUGAUGGAAGGGUCUCUGUGGGGGAAUAGCGGAAUGGACCGGAAAGUCACACUGUCACAAAGGUUUUCGGGGGUUAAUCAGGGUAUUAUGGGUAAAUGGAGGAGGAAGGGGCUUCGAUAAGGUUGUAAUUUCCCGUUCAUAAGAAAAAGGGAAUUUCGAAUAUAUUGUAUUUAUAACUAAACUAUAAAUACACAGUACCAGUCAAAAGUUUGGAUACACCUACUCAUUCGAAGGUUUUUCUUUAUUUUUACUAUUUUCUACAUUGUAGAACAAUAGUGAAUACAUCAAAACUAUGAAAUAACACAUAUGGAAUCAUGUACUAACCCAAAAAAUGUU